UUUCUACAGCUUCCAUAAGCCGUCCCGGAAGUAUAAAAGCACGAUAAAAUCAUAAUUUUGACGUGUUAUUAUUAUCCGAUUUUGUCUAGAAUGAUGUCUGGACGUAGGGUGGUGGUUUUCCCCUCAGUGGCUGAGCUUGGAUGCACUCUGGCCCAGCUGGUGUCCUCUCGAGCAGAGAAAGCUCUCAGCACAGGUGCAAGCUUCUCUCUGGGCCUUUCAGGAGGGAGUUUGGUGUCCAUCCUGAGUAAGGAGCUGCCUGCUGUCCCAAACCUGGACUGCAGCAGAUGGCUCGUUGGGUUCUGCGAUGAGAGGCUCGUUCCAUUCACUGAUCCCGAGAGCACUUAUGGCUUAUAUAUGAAUCAGUUGUUUGGGAAAAUCAACAUUCCAGAAGAAAGGAUUUUGGCUAUAGAUCCUUGUUUACCUGUGCAAGAAUGUGCUGAGGACUAUGCUGGUAAACUGAGCAAGGCUUUUAACACGGAGCAAAUUCCAGUUUUUGACAUGUUGUUGCUGGGAAUGGGACCGGAUGGACACACCUGCUCUCUCUUUCCAGAUCACCCUUUAUUACAGGAAAGCCAGAGGACAGUGGCACCCAUCUCUGACUCCCCCAAACCACCGCCUCAGCGUGUCACUAUGACAUUACCCACAGUUAACGCUGCUCGAUGUGUAGUGUUCGUGUCAACUGGGGGCAGCAAAGCUCCUAUACUCAAGCAAGUAUUGGAGGGUGGAGAAGGCCCUGCGCUUCCAGCAGCUCUGGUGGCACCUGGACAGGGAGAGCUCUUCUGGCUGGUGGACGAGCCAGCAGCUGCCUCCCUCACGGCUCCGGUGGAGAGGCCAGGACCCGGAGCAAAGCUCUGAAUUUAGGAGACAGAA